AUUUAGUAGUAAGGAUAGAUGGAUGAUACUUUAGAUAAAUAGUAAGGAAAUCAAGAUUUAAAUAAUGAAGAAAAACAUAUCCUAGAAUAAAAAUGUAUAAUGCAUUUAAAAUAUUGAUAAGAAUAAAUAUUGAAUAAUAGUGGUGUAUUGGCUGCUUACGAAUAUUUUUUGAGACGGCUUUGUAAGGAUGGUUUUCCAAGUGGAAAUGUUUAUGAGUAUGCUGCAUAAGCUGUUUUAAAAUAUGAAAAAAAGAAAUAAGCUGAACAGUUUCGACAACAGACAAUGGCUAAAUCUUUGGCUGAACUUUAAUUAAGUAGCAUAUCUUCAAAUAAAUUAAGAUGAAAGACUCAAGGCAUAGCUUUAAGCAAGUAAAAUUGAUGGUAAAGCAGAUCCAAAAAAUGAUAAAAAUGAAAAAAAUAAAUCACCUUAGAAAGGUAAUAAAGAUUAAAAGGAAAAAAAUCCGUAAGAUAAAAAUUAAGGAAAAAAUGAUAAGAAAGACACAAAAGCAUAAGGUAUAUUUUUUAAUUAUAUUAAAUAAGAUAAAACAGAUCCUAAAUAAAAGAAGAAAUGA